AUGUUGGGCAACGACUUGAUCCAUAACGGUGCCAUCCAGGAAGUGUCCGGAUUCCUUCGGCGAAAGCGCAAAGCUGUUAAUUGCGAGGAAUGCCGACGCUCCAAGUUGCGAUGCGAUCGUCAGCACCCUUGUGGUGCGUGCAAGCGUCGCAAGCGCGAAUCUAUUUGUUCAUAUGAGGCCCCUUCUGGUUUAUCUGCAUCAAGAAAAACUCGCAGGAAGCCUGUGACCACUUCGGCGUCAUCUGCGUUGAGUGGCGGAGCAGGAUCUCCGGCUACACCGACACGAAAAGGUGCCAUCUCUUCAAUUUCACAGCCUGAAGAGAGUAUAUCUGAAGUAGAAACAUCACCUCCAGGUGUACACUGGGAAACUGUGCUUGAACGCCCUGUUCCAGAGGAGGAUGUUAAUGACACACUAUCGCCCCUUUCUAUAAGUCCCCGCAUUCCCCUCCAGGAAAUGAUAGACUCGCUUCCACCGAAGUCCUGUUGCGACUAUCUGGUUUCACACUUCUUCAAACAUAUCUCCGCUUUGUUUCCCAUUCUGCAUGGUCCAACCUUCCAGAAACAGUAUACGGCGUUCAUGCAACGCCCUCAAGAUGUCGACUUACCUUGGCUAGCUUUGCUUUUCGCUUUAUGUUCUUUGUCUCUGAACACUCUAGAUGAAAGUGACCCCAGGCUAGCGUGCGUCUGGUCUCAGCUGCCUUCGAGUGUCACGCAACCUACAAGCACAGUUCCUAUCACGGUUUCUGUGUCUCGCCGUCUGCUUCGGACUGCAAUAACCUGCCUUCUGCAGGGCGAUUUCUUGAUCCGGCACACAUUCAGCACCUUGGAGGCUCUAUUAAUGGUAAUAUACAGCCUCUCACACAAUGAAUCUGUCGACCAAGGCUGGGCCCUGUUGGGAAUGGCGUUGAAUAUUGGCAUUGCGUUACGUUGCAAUGUGGAACAGAAGAACCUGGGCACAAUCGAGACCGAAAGGCGGCGACGCUGUUGGGCCGGUCUUUUGACAUUGCACACGUAUCAGGGAAUGCUUUUCCGGGAAUUCGAUAUGUCAUACCUUCUUAGCAUUCAAGCUCCUCUACCUGCCGAUGUUAAUGAUGUUGAUAUUACCAACGAAGGCAUUGUGCAGCAGUCCUGUAGCGAGCCCACGCAGAUGUCCGUCAUGAUGGCGAAGCUUCGACUGUUCCGGCUCUCCACUCAAAUCUGUCGUCAUACCUCGGGGCCUUCACGUCUCGACCAGCAGGCCCUGCAUGAUCUUGAUGCUGCGAUAGCGGAAGAGCAAAAGCAAUGGGACGCGGCCUAUAUGGUUGAUGGCUCUCCCAAUAUUUUAGAUUCUAAUCGCUAUGCUUAUUGGUGCGUCUUGCAGACACAACUCUACGAAGCUCCAAUCCUUCGAAACUACUUCUGGUUGCUUAGUGGGGUGAUCAGUCUGAAAGCACUCCAUGCAGCUGUGGCCCUGAAUUCGUGUCUCCAAGAUGACACGGAACAUAACCUAGAAUCUUUUCGAGAAGAGAUUGAAAGUUUGAUUGCCCGCAUGAAAGAUCUGUCAGGCCGAAGUCAUAUCUGUCUCAGAGCGUAUCGCAUACUUCGCCAUUUACAAGCCCAAGCAGGGACAGGGGACCUACCAGCAGGGAGCUCGGAGACCCCAUUCGAGAAUCUAUUUGAAGAUUUGACAAAUAUGCGAGAAUGGAUGGAUGCGGAUCUGAUCGAUUGGUUCGCGUCGGGUCACAUGCCGCUUGCCCGGAAACAAAUAUUCAAGAGAGACUCGAGCCAAUCUUACGGCCCAUCAUUUGAUCUCAUCGAGAAAUCAUGCAUGUGCCUUCCCACUUCCAGGACGAUAUCAAUCUUAGGACCUCGGUUGAGCAUACAUCAGACACCGAUUAAUGCUUUCCUUGUCUGCAAGAACCUUUUGUCCAAGGUUCGUAACCACAGACUUCUACUGGAAUUGUACGGAGGCUUAAUAUCUCAUGUCUACGAACAUGAGAAUGCCCAGAAAGCAGAUCUCCUCGUAUGCUCUCAUGCUUUGGGUGCCUCUUUGCAGCACUCGUUCUAUCCGACGAUAGAGUUCGUGGAAGUGGAAGCCACGGGGUUUUCCAAGAUGACAAGCACUCUUGAAAUAAACUCAACGUGGCUCAGCCCACUCGAUCUGAAGAACCAGGAUCACUGGUUGCCCAACCACACACAUCGCCAUAUUACGUUUUUAUUUGACAUCAUGAAAGGCGAGACAGAGUGCCCUUUAGGAUUUGCUUCUUUCGUGUAG